CGGUCCAGUGCUAAAAUGGCGACCAUUGUAUUCGUGCUGGGAAUCUGCGUGAUUUUAAUAGGGUGGAGCGGGGCAGCUCCUAACGACCCCUGCUUCAACUACAACAACAACGAAAAGGGCCCGAAUAAAGCUGCCGGUGACCCGAAGUCAAAGGAAUUGAACAUGGAUAGCGCAUUAGCCUUUCAUAGACCGCAGUCUGCAAGCUCAAGGCAGGAGGAGGAGCUGAUGCAAAAGAGUUCCAGAGCGUUAUCUACGACCUCCGACCCUCUGGAGAAGUUAAGACUUUUGUGUCUCUCGCGUGGAGCUUCAGGCAUCAUGGGACUAGGCAGGGUUUUUCGACGAAUGGACGACGACGGCAGCAAGCAACUUAACAAGGAGGAGUUCUUUAAUGGUAUCAAAGAGACCGGUUUGGAAAUUGACGAUAAGGACGCUGAAGAGCUAUUUGGGAAAUUCGAUAACGACAACAGUGGCUCAAUCAGUCUUGAUGAAUUCUUGAAACAAAUUCGCCCACCGAUGUCGGAAUCGCGUCGCGCCAUUGUCGAGCAAGCUUUCAAAAAGUUGGAUAAAUCUGGAGAUGGUGUUAUUACAGUCGACGAUAUAAAAAACGUGUAUUCAGUAAAAUCAAAUUCCAGGUAUAUGAGCGGUGAGGAUACAGCGGAUGUUAUUCUCAACAAGUUUCUUGCUAACUUCGAAACUGAGGGAACAGUCGAUGGCAAAGUAACAUUGGAGGAGUUCAUGAACUAUUAUAGCGGUAUCAGCGUGUCGAUUGACAACGAUUGUUACUUCGACCUAAUGAUGCGUCAAGCGUACAAGCUGUGAACAAUCUUCACACACGCACCAUUUAUACAGGAUACUACGAAAUACAGGUGCUUAAUGACAUCGCCGCGCCGUCUUAAAUAGAAAAUUUUCGUGAUUUUUUAUCGUUUGCUGUGUCGUUUUUAAACAACAUCUCAAACCUGUAAAAAACGAUACGUACUCUUCACCAAUGUUAAAUACGUUAUCAAAUAAAAUGAAAAUUGAAUCAAAUUUAUUGUCAUUAUACCUUGUCAGAGUUUAGUUUUCGUUGUUUUGAGGUGAAUUAUUAUUUCAGAGGCUACUUAAAAGAAACUUAAAUAAGCUUUGGCGUAUUUCCUGGAAUCCUGUAUGUAUCUACUAGUACAAUGAGCACAAAAUAUUUCUAUUAAUUA